GGAUAAAUGUCCAGACUGGAGGUGGCACUGGCUACUUUACUGAUGUCCGUCCCGCCGUGCCCCUCCUCCAGCUUUACAAGGCAGCGUGACACGCCGCAGGAUUCGGCACAAAGUCCGAGUCACUCACUGCACACAUGAGGCGCGUCACAAGCCACCAGCGAGCACGCGGCGGAAACGAAGUGGAAGCCGUCCAAGAAAACUGAGAGAAACCGUGGAUUUUACCGAGAAGAAACCAUCAUAUUAAAUCUUUACAAGCAGGGCGGUGAUCCAAGGCAGGUGUCAGAGAGUGUUGCCGUCAUCUGCUAACAAUUUGAGCGCUCUUGUAUUGUGGUUGCUGCGCGACGACCGACGGCAUCGUUCACGAGCGCGUUUCUGUCCCACUACAAUCACACCAGCCAGUAUUCAUGCUUCGUUUACAGAGUCAUACCACAAGAGGAAAUUGCAACGUAAGUUUGCACAGUGCCUGCUUUGAAGUAGGUUGUAGCUGUAAUUAAUUUUACAGCCACCACGUGAGUGGGAUGAAACGAGCAUUAAGUGGGCACACCCGCGGGAUAUGAUACCUAACACACUCAGAAACUUCAGCCAGAUCAUCGGACCUUAUUGACUGCUUGUGCAACGCCUGGGAUUGGCGUUUAAACCCCACUGAAUGAUCAUUGCACUCGAGAACCGUGCGCUUCUGGAGAAAGGACACGCGAAACUAGAAGCGCGCUCACAAUUAUGAUGUUUUUAAUCUGAGUGCAUUGGACUUUUUGUGUGUUUUUAAGUUACAGACAGUUUUAUUUAAACUCUUUUAAAGAGUUAAAGCUGCUGAACCCACAUCACUGAUCCUGAUGAGAAUGAUGGCAGUAUUAUGGGAUGACCCGUUCUCGUUGCUGUGGAGACGGACUCUAAUUUAUUCUCUUCUGGUGCUCUUGAUGAGUGGAGCGCGCACCUUUGGAGAUGAAACCUUUAAUGGAGAGUCAUGGCUGCGGAUGUACGGCUACCUCCCGCAGGCCAGCAGGCAGAUGUCCACCAUGCGCUCGGCUCAAAUCCUGUCGAACGCCAUCAGCGACAUGCAGCGCUUUUACGGGCUGGAGAUCACUGGAGAGAUGGACCCCGUCACCAUCGAGGCCAUGAAGAGACCCCGCUGUGGCGUCCCUGACAAGUUUGGGGGUCAAAUCAAGACCAAUGUACGACGGAAACGUUAUGCCCUCACUGGCCACAAGUGGGACAAGACCCACAUAACUUUCAGUAUUCAGAACUACACGCCUAAGAUCGGGGAGUACAACUCGUUCGAGGCCAUCCGAAGGGCCUUCAAAGUGUGGGAGAAGGUGACGCCACUGACAUUUGAUGAGAUUCCUUUCUAUGAGGUCAAAUACGGCCGUCGGAAGGAACCUGAUAUUAUGAUCUUCUUCGCAUCUGGAUUCCAUGGAGACAGUUCACCUUUUGACGGAGAGGGGGGUUUCCUGGCACAUGCUUACUUCCCUGGUCCCGGGAUGGGUGGAGAUACUCACUUCGACUCAGACGAGCCGUGGACCAUUGGCUCACAAAACCUACAAGGUAAUGAUCUGUUCCUGGUAGCCGUACAUGAGCUGGGCCAUGCCCUCGGACUGGAACACUCCAAUAAUCCUUUGGCUAUUAUGGCUCCUUUCUACCAGUGGAUGGACACGGAAAACUUUGAGCUGCCUGAGGAUGAUCUCCGCGGGGUCCAGCAGAUUUACGGACCACCCAGCAGUUCUCCCACUCAGGCUCUCCCCACUGUGACCCCUCGGCGUCCAGCCCAUCCAGAUCCCAGGGCACCUCAACCCCCUAAGAACCCUCCCGGAGCGCCCCCUCGCCGGCCGGACAGGCCUCGCACCACUGAUCGCCCAGAUCACUACGGCCCAAACAUCUGUGAGGGCAAUUUUGACACAGUCACCAUGCUCAGGGGAGAGAUGUUUGUCUUUAAGGGUCGCUGGUUCUGGAGAGUGAGGAGGAACAGAGUGCUGGAUAACUACCCCAUGCCGAUCGGACACUUCUGGAGGGGUCUGCCGGGAGACAUUGACGCUGCAUAUGAAAGGCAUGAUGGGCGAUUUGUGUUUUUCAAAGGAAGUCAGUACUGGUUGUUCAGGGAAGCCAACUUGGAGCCUGGCUACCCUCAAGAAUUGAUGGAUUAUGGCAGAGACAUCCCAUAUGACAAGAUAGACACAGCCAUCUGGUGGGAACCCUCAGGCUUCACUUACUACUUCAAAGGAGACUGGUACUGGCGCUUUAAUGAGCACUCCAGAGCCGCGGAUCAGGACUACCCUAAGCCAAUUAGUGUGUGGGGCACUUCUGUGCCGUCUUCUCCCAAGGGGGCUUUCCUCAGCGAUGAUGGAGCUUAUACGUACUUCUACAAGGGUACAAAGUACUGGAAAUUUGACAACCACAGAAUGACGAGCGAGCCGGGCUACCCAAAGUCCAUUCUUAGAGACUUCAUGGGCUGUAAUGUGGACCUCGAUCCUGACAGAGACACCGACGUGGACCCGGGACGCAAGUGGCCUGAUCGGCCACCCUUCAACCCGGACGCUGGCCGAGACAAAGACAAAGACAAGGAAAAGGACAAAGAGAGAGACAACACCAAUGACGUUGACUCUAAAGAAGAGACGGAAGAGAAAACGAAUGAGGUGGACGUGGUUCUGAAGAUAGAUGAAACGGAGCGUACCAUGAACAUCAUCAUGGUGACGGUACCCCUUGUCCUGGUGCUGUGCAUCUUGGGAUUGAUCUACGCUAUUAUUAACACACUACAGAGGAAAGGAGCACCCAAGUAUUUAGUGCACUGCAGACGUUCACUGCAGGACUGGGUUUAACCUCUGAGAAUGACCUCCGAUCCUUCCAUUUCACAUGCCCAAAAACUUUGCACACACAAAACACCAACAUAAACACACACACACACACACAUACACUCACACUUUCAUGUUCACCCUUCUUUUCCUUUCCCAUGGUGCUUUCCUAACAUGUUGUCUAUUUAUAUAAGAAAGUUUGCACAUUGAUUUUGUUGUUGGGUUUUCCUUUUCAUAACAUUUUAUUUUAUUUUGAAUCAGGUUUUUUUGUGGGUUUUUCUUGAUUUCUGUUUUUAAGAUGUCACAAUCUAGAUCUCCAAUCACAGUGUAAAAGAUGAACGGGAAGUCUUGCAGAGCAAAAAGAGAGGAAAAGGAAAGCGGAGAAAGGAAUAUCUCGCUUAGGAAUAUUUCUGCAUCCAUUCACCUCUUCUCAGGACUCUCAGCUGUGGUUUUCCAACUGACCGGGCAAGUCAUAAUACAUCAUAAAGACCAUAAGGACUGUGGCCACAUUUAUCAUAGCUUGUUGAUAAUAUGUUGAUAUACAGUGGGGUCCAAACGUCUGAGACCACAUGGAAAGUCUAAUUUAAACCUGAAAAUAAACAAAGUUUCAGAAUUUUUUUUUUUUUUAAAAGUAACAUUUUUUUUUUCCUUUUUAAUUUAUUUUUGUUUAAUCAACUUGAGUGUUGCUGUCAAAGCAAAUAAAUUCAUGUUAAUUUUUCAGUUCAAACUGUUAUUCUAAUAAUAUUUUUAAUGUAGAACACAUUUAUUGCAUUAAAAAAAUGAAACAUUUUCAACUAGUGGUCUCUGACUUUUCGACCUUCCUUUUUGGAGUCAAUUCACAAGCAACUGGACCUGGUUUAACUAAGUCCAGUUGUGUUUGAAUUUUACCUGCUAUUUCUUUUGGUGUCAUAAAAUAGGGACUUUUCUCUUAAUUUUGCUUGCCUAGUGCAAUUGUAACCAAGUCACAUUUUAUUGCCCCUUGUUUUAACAUGUUUUAUGUGGUUCCGUCCAAAUUUGUAGAGCCCUCCUGACUUCUUUCUUGCAAGCUGGUGUGUUUUCCAACAGUGCCGUGAUACUGUGGCGAUAAUUUUUAUUGUUUGAGAAGCAUAACAUUUCGGUUGGUUUCAUUAAAGGGGGUUUAAAAAAGCUCGAGGCAUUGAGAGAGAUUGUACGCUUGCUGGUGCUGGAGGCAUUUGCUGAGUUUAUAUUUAUAUAAUAGCUUUACAUUGUUCAAUCAAAUGAAAAUAUGAAAAAUAGAACUAUAAAAUACAUACCACUAGUGUACACCAAUUUAAAACUCAGUAAAAUACACUUGAGAAAAGCUUCUUGGGGCCUAAUUAUAAAUAAAAGCCUUAGUAGGGGCCCACUGUUGUAGGGAACGUUAGGUAAUAGUCUAAUUUAAAAAACAGCAGGGGGUGAAAGCCAUUGGUAACCUCCUUCUACCCAAACCCAAAGCUCUCCCUAACAAAGAAAUAUCACUUAGAGGUGGGCUGAGACGAGAAGGAAAGAAGCAGGGACAACUGUGAGUUCAAAAGGAAAGGGUGAAGAUGCAGGAACCUUAUAUCUUAAGUCUUUGCGAAAGGGCUUAAAGUGUGUUAGUAGAGUCUGAACUGGAUUGUAUUGCAGUGAUGGGGAUAUUUUAGGGGUGGGGGUGUAAGAAACAAACAGGCGGGAGUAGGUUAAACCCAUUGCAAGCGACCCUCUUGAAGGCUGAAGCAUACUUCUACAUGAGUAUGAGAUCAUAUAUAAUUUAGUCAUCUCAAUUUUAUGUGUUGCAUUCUCAGAAUAGCCUCAAGGGGCGCUAUAUCAGACAUUAGUGUAAACAUAACGGUGACUUCCUUCACAAACAAGAACGAAUUUUUCUUCUAUGGCCAGAUAUUCAAUUACUGCCAGGAAGCAACCAUUUGAGAAUCUUGCUGAGCAAGUUUUAGUUAAACUGUAGACAUGUUUCUUGCUAGCUACCUGAAUAAAACAUUGGUUUGAAUACCAAUGCACAUUGUGUAUCCGCUGACGAGACUGUGCACUUUGCAGUGCAUUGGCCUCGCAUUCACAUCUGCGUUAGCAUACUUGCUUAGAGUAUAUUUUUGGCCUAAGCUUGAGUCGCUUGGUAGAUAGCGUAUGUAGCAAUGCCAUCCCUAUAUGAGAGCUUGUUGGCACACAGUCCCGUGGCCCACAUUGCCAGGGUCCACUGCCAGUUAUUUUUGGAGCGCAUUCCUUGACCAGCAGAGGAAACAGGAUCCUUGUUUCAUUCACGAGUUAUUCAUACUGAUGUGAUCUACUAGGCAAAAUAGACAAAUUAGGCAAGUUUCCUAACAUUGUAAGAUAUAUAACUGCUGUCAGGUAGGUCUGUGUUUGCUUUCUGUGGUGUUUGCUUAGUCUUAUGUCUAACCUACAUAAACACAGCUAGUAUACUAGGACACGGAAGGCAUUGAAAAACAAACCGCUGCCACUUUUUAAAGUGCCUCUGACAAAAUCUCAGUCAUUUACCCUUCGCAAUCAGCGAGAGAGUAUCUCCUUUUGUAGUGGAAGAGGUAGACAUAGAGGAGAGAACGAAAGUGAGUGGUAUUAUAAAUAUUGCCCUGUCAGACAAGGUAGAGCAGAAAGCACUUUGAUAAAUAUUAUUGGAAGAGUAGAGGAGACGCAGGACAGUCAUGAUCGGAAUGCUGUCACUGAUGAAUCCCACCGAAUACCGUUGCCAGGCGAUCCGCCCCUCCUCGCAGUGCUCUUGUCGUCCGAGGAGAUUUGGAGGAGAGUUAAUCAGACAUAAAAGCUCUUCCGUCCCUCCCCCGAUGCCCUUUACCUUCUCCUCCACUUGGCCAGAUCAAUGAGGAAUACAUAAACAGGCUUGAAGGAUAUCUGAAACGCUCACUCUCAGGGGCUCACUCAGGCCUUAUUCCCAUCUUGUUCCCUCUACAGCCCAUUCUUUGUCUUAUUUUAAUACUCCUUUAUGGCCUUUUUCCAUAAUCUGCCACUUUUUUUUUUUCUUGAAUGUGCCAUGAUAUUAGCGUGGUCUUUUGGACAUACUGUAGUAGCAUGGUAAUACCAUUCUUUUUGGACAAAACCAUGAUGGUUAUGCAAUGGUAUUCUUGGUACCUUCAAAAUCAUCUACAUCAAUAGGGUAAUAAUUUAGUAUGGUAAUAAGGCCCAGAUCAUGGUUCUUUGAGGUCCUUAGGUACACAUCUCUGGAGCUCCAUCCUUCCCAUUUCCACCCAUACUGGUAAAUGACUUAUCUUGCAUUAGGCAACAAAAUUAGGGUAAACGUGUUUCUGGUAGGAUUGUCACUUUGGUAACUGUAGUAGUGAUCCUAGAGGACUCAAAAGGUAUUCGCUGAGGUGAUCAGGGCCCUAAUGGUCAGUCUGGGCUGUAUUCACUGAGAGGUGUUAGUGGUCCAUUCGCUCUGUAUUAGCUGAGGGGCCCUAUUUGUCAGAAGGGGCCUGGGGCCCUAGUGGCCAUGUCCCACUGUAUGUGCCUGGUGGCCCGGGGCACUAGUGUUAAUGUUCCACUGUAUGUGCCCAGGGCCCUAGUGACCAUGUCCCACUGUAUGUGCCUGGUGGCCCGGGGCCCUACUGGUCAUGUCCCACUGUAUGCACCCAGGUCCCUACUGGUCAUGUCCCACUGUAUGCACCCAGGUCCCCAGUGGUCAUGUCCCACUGUAUGUGCUGAGGGCCCUGGCCCCUAGUACUCAUGUCCCACUGUAUGCACCCAGGUUCCUAGUGGUCAUGUCCCACUGUAUGUGCCGAGGGCCCUGGGCGCUAGUGGUCAUGUCCCACUGUAUGCACCCAGGUCCCUAGUGCUCAUGUCCCACUCUAUGUGCCGAGGGCCCUGGCCCCUAGUGGUCAUGUCCCACUGUAUGCACCCAGGUCCCUACUGGUCAUGUCCCAAUGUAUGUGCCCUGGGGCCCUAUUGGUCAUGUCCCACUGUAUGCACCCAGGUCCCUAGUUGUCAUGUCCCACUGUAUGUGCCGAGGGCCCUGGCCCCUAGUGGUCAUGUCCCACUGUAUGCACCCAGGUCCCUAGUGCUCAUGUCCCACUGUAUGCACCCAGGUCCCUAGUGCUCAUGUCCCACUGUAUGCACCCAGGCCCCUAGUGGUCAUGUCCCACUGUAUGUGCCGAGGGCCCUGGCCCCUAGUGGUCAUGUCCCACUGUUUGUCUUUGGCACAGCUGUAGGCUUUGACGGCCCCUGGGAACUGGCACCACUGGUUCGGUCCAUAAUCCAGUCCAGAUGGUAUCUGAUACAUGCACUGUACUAUGGUACCAUCAGAGUAAGGUUGUAAGGGCACUAGUCUAGUAUGCAUAAAACUGUAUUAUUAAGUAUGUUUGUUUCUACACUGAUUUUCUUUCUUUUUUUUCAGACAUGAUAGGUGUGACUAAACAAGAUUGUGGUAGACAAUGGCUGAUAAAUAAUCAAAACAGUCUGUUUAUUUGUUAGUAUGUGAUAGUGUAGAUUUUAAGGUCUAAUGUUUUCACCGUCAUCUCAAAUCAACUCUUGGCCAAGUUUAGGACUGGCUCUUAUAACAAUGGCCCCUCUCUCUUGCUGCAUUAUUGUCCUGCACAUUGCUUCUGGCCAACAGGAAGAUAGACUGGGCCCACAGCCAGGGCCACAAAGCUUCCUCCUACCAGCCCUCACACUAGCAUUGCAUACUAACAACAGUCUCUGUUCAGAAGGCUUUGAGUGUGAAUCAUGGACGUUGACCGUUUUGGUCACACCGUUCCCAUAAACCCAGCUCAGGACCACUGCUAUUUUAUGCAAUGAUGGGUUUUUCAUCACAGUUAAGUGGAGUUUGACCACCCAAAUGGGCAGUACAGUGACGCUACAUAUGCCGUGUGACUUCUCUCUGUGUAUGUAUAUUCUCCUGAUAUAAACUUGAGCUCUGAUCAGAGGUGCCUCUAAGAACAUCCGUCCACACCAUUUAUUAACCAGCUGCAGCUAUUCGACUGCAAUCAUUGUUGACUUACUGAAUAAAUAGCCAAAAAAAAAAGAAGGUUGAGACAAUGUUGUCUUCACCUUUGUGGAAUCAGCUGUGUAGAAUGAGACAGUGUGCAUUAUUCUGUGUCAAGGGUAGAUUCAAUAUCAAAUCAACCCUGUUGUGUGACAAUGCGUCUAGACAUGCACACUGUCUUGAAGGGAAUCUCACUUUACUUAAUGAGCCUUACAAAAACAUGCUGUUUAAAACUAGACAAACCAUUUCAGACAAAAUAUGCAGUAGUAGCAAAUCACUAACAUUUAAAGCAAUGCUGUUAAUGUGCACAAAGUUGUGCUGCAGUGUUUUCUUAAACACCUCAUCUUUAUUAAUAACGGUAAAAAGAAAUUUAGAUGGUCAUGUUUUCAGUUAAUAUUUUUCUUAAUAUUGUCUUAAAUUUGGUCAUUUUUAAAAUUGUAAAUAGUACCUUUUCAAUAUUUUUCUUUUGUGUGUGUGUUUUUUUUUUUUUACCUUGUUAAUAACAUUCCGAUUUGUGUUUUUGAUUUUUUUUCCUAUGUAGAAACUGAGGAUUUUAUACAUUUGUGUUUGUUCACAUCUUCUGAGUGUGUUUAACGAUCCAUGCUGGACAUGUAAACAGUAAUAAAAGAAAAAAGAUGUUAAAGAA